AAAAGCAUUGCUUGUCAUUUAUUUCUAAUCGUUUGAUUUGUAUUCAAUAAAAACCGCAAUAAAAUGGAUGUGCGCCCAAAUCAAACAAUAUAUAUAAACAAUCUUAAUGAGAAAAUCAAAAAGGAGGAGCUGAAGAAAUCGCUCUAUGCCAUUUUCUCUCAGUUUGGUCAAAUACUCGAUAUUGUGGCGCUGAAAACACUGAAAAUGCGUGGACAGGCAUUUGUUAUUUUUAAGGAAAUUGGCAGUGCUUCAAAUGCGUUACGCACAAUGCAAGGUUUUCCAUUCUAUGAUAAGCCUAUGCGCAUUGCCUAUUCCAAGUGCGAUUCCGAUAUUGUGGCCAAACUGAAGGGAACAUACAAGGAGCGGCCGAAGAAGGUGAAGCCGCCGAAGCCUGCACCGGGCACUGACGAUAAAAAAGACAAAAAGAAAAAGCAGAUCAGCGCAGAAAAUUCAAAUCCAAAUACACAGACCGAGCAGCCGCCAAAUCAAAUUCUAUUCCUUACCAAUUUGCCAGAGGAGACUAACGAAAUGAUGCUGUCAAUGCUGUUCAAUCAGUUUCCCGGCUUCAAGGAAGUGCGAUUGGUACCAAAUCGUCACGAUAUCGCCUUUGUCGAGUUCACCACAGAGCUGCAGAGUAAUGCAGCCAAGGAGGCUCUACAAGGAUUCAAGAUUACGCCCACGCAUGCGAUGAAAAUUACAUUCGCCAAAAAAUAGAUGAAAAAAUAAUGCAACUACUUUUUUUUAUUAACCUUAAUACAAAGCUAUUUGUAAUUGUGAGACCGAAUGGCUUGCGUUGCAUUUGUGAAUGAAACGCAAGCCAAUAUUUUAAACGAAAGCCGAUUUAAAGAAUUGUAGAAUAUACUA